UCUUUGAGAAUUCAUUCUGGUUUUUCUCAAAUUUGCGUUCUGCGAUUUAAUACGAUGAUAAAAUCAUUCGCUCUUUCGUCUCCUUCUCUGAUUUUUGAUGUCAGAGAUUCAAGAUCCUCUACAGUUUGCUGUUCUUCAAGGAACAGCCAGCCUUACAUCCCAAAGCUCGAGCCUUUCAGCCGAAGCAAACUCGAUCGAGUCCUCAAGGAGCCUCCUUUGAUCCAAAAGUGCGAAAACGAGCUCAUGGAUUAUUGUUCGACGCUCGAAGGAGAUGACUCGUAUAGCUGUUGGCAGGCAUAUUUCGAGCUCAAAGAUUUAGAAAAAGAGUCCCCAAAGGAAGAUGUAGAGAAGCUGAUUCUUCAAGUGGGGGGCUUGAAGUCUCUGAUUGGAUGCCUACACCAUGUUGCAACCUUCAGUAAAGGGAAAAAGGCCGGGAUUGGAUCAGUAAAGGCGGUGAAUACAGAGAAGGAAGAAGGAGAAAGACCGUUUCCCGUCCCGGAUGGACUGCCAAAAUCACAAGAAGAGCUUGAAGAAGAGGACAAAGGAAGAAUGCCAGAUUCGGCUUUCACCAGGCUUCUGAGAACAAAGGGGAGGUUCCCUGCAUGGUAUUCUCCAGCCCCUGACCACGAAACCGAUUGAUAGUUAUGGAAAGUCGAUAGUGAGAGCUUGUGCCGAGUUAACUGAGUUAGCUGAGUUGCUUUGUGAAUAUUUUUGGACUCAGCAAAGUGUGAGUUUUUGAUAGAUCUUAGUGGGUCUGGACUUGUGGGUAAGUGUAAUGAGAGGAGGUCCGGGAUAUCUAUUUUAAAAACCUCUUGUGUUAUAGCUUCUACAAAUUCUGUAAUAUAUGAUCAGUUAAAGAGGAAAUCAAUCUUUUCUUUGGACUCAA